AAGAAGACACCCAAUUUUAAAGAAUUUGUCUUGCAGUUUUAUGAUAAUUUAGAUGUUAUUUUAAUGUGUAAUGUAGACUGCCUUUCCACGAAUUGAACUCCUAUUCAUCCAUCGUUUACCUGAAUGUCAACUGUGAACAACGUCGAUGCAGCCUACCUAAAGAACUUUCUUGAUCGGACCCGAGGCUGAGGCUGAGGCUGCAACAGAGGGUAAUGGCAACAUAUGAGUGUCAGGACUGUGAACAAGUUUUGCCAUCAAAGCGUGAACUUAAAUUGCACAUGAAGGUCCACAGAAAGGGCCACAAGAAAGAGAGGCGGUUUACCUGCGAUGUGUGCUCAAAGGACUUCAGUCAGCAAUCCGGGCUUCAGCAACACCAGAGAACCCACACCAAUGAAAAGCCUUACCUGUGCGACUAUUGCGGACGGACCUUUGCGCAAAUUGGGAACCUGAGGACCCACAGCCUGCAGCACACCCAGGAAGCACCCUUUGUGUGCGAGACGUGCGGUGCGCGGUUCCGCAAUGGGGGGAACCUUAAGAAGCACAAACAGGUCCAUGCCAAUGCCUACACAUGCGGGGAGUGCAGCAAGACGUUUAAGGAUGCGGACCGUCUCCGAGGCCACCAGCUACUCCACGGAAACACCAAACCUUUUGCUUGUGACUCCUGCGACAAGGCAUUCGUAAGCAAGAGCAAGCUUCUUGCCCACAGUCGCGUCCACACUAAGGAGAAACCGUACGCCUGUGACCUCUGCGACAAGACGUUCACUCAGAAGAGUGCCGUCAAGCAACACCGCAAGCUCCACGCCAACGAGAAGCCCUUCCUCUGCCAUGCCUGCGGGAAGAGCUUCGCCCAGAAAAUCAAUCUUCAAAACCAUGUCACCAUCCACGCCAAGGAGACUAACCUCUCCUGCGACACCUGCAAGGCGAGAUUCCAGAACCGGACGGACCUGGACGCACAUGAACAGAGUCACACGAGAGUCCAGCCGGUGCAACUCGAUGAGUCAUUUCUCGACGCUCACGCCAUUGAGAGCUUCCAUGAAGUGGAUGUGUUGGAUCAAUGCAGUAUGAGUCAUUCCAUGGAGGAGCAAUUCCCUGGAAGUCUUUACAAUGAUGAGCUUGAAAGACUAAUGCAAGAGGCACUCUUUAAAUCUGAACUGUGGACAGCUGUCAGAGAUGGCCUGGAUCAAGCAGUGUAGCUACAAGUAGCAUGACUAGUCCCUUGAAUAAGGCAAAGUGGUUCCACAUGCGGUGGUAAAACAACUGUAACUGCCUACAUGUAGGCCCUUUUGGCUAAGAAGCAUGAUCCUCAGUCCUACAAAAACUCCUCCAAUUGCCAUCAUGUAAACAUUUGAUUUGGCCUCUGUCCUCCAAAAUUACCCGUUAUUUCUUGAAUUUGUUCAAUGGAGGAGUGACCACUGCCUCAAUCCUUCCAAAUCCUCCAACAAUCGCUGCUAACAUGGGCGUCGCG